AACAAAAAAGAGAGAUCCGGUUUUCGUUUCGUUUCUCGUUCCUGUUUUACUUUAUCCACAGCUUUUUCUGUUUACAAUUUUUUCCAUGUGCCCGACGCACAAGCCACGUGCAACCUUUCCUUCGAUCUUCUUCUUCUUCUUCAAACGGCGUAGUGCGCACCCCUGCUCGGGUUAAACCACCGUCGGAAGUAGCAAAAACCCUAAUGCCCAAUCUUAGAUUAGCAUAUUGAGAGUUUCUUUUGCAUUGUUUCUUGUUUUUGGUUCUUGAGAUUUUGUUUUAGUAAGGAAGAUGAUGGGCUCUGAGAACCAGGGCUUCGAAGAAGCUCACCUUUUCGCUUCCCGUGAAGAAAUGGAGAAUCUGGUUCUUGACGAGCCACUCAGCAACCACAGCAGCAACAACAACAACCACCAGAACAAUAAUUCCUACUCGAGUUAUCGGAGCGCCACGUCGUCGCUCUCCGACACGACGCACCACCCGCUGUCCCCGCCGAUCCUCGCGACUCCGGCCGACUCAGAUCCCUUGCUCUCCCCUCCGCUCUAUCGUAACCCGAACGCAUCUGAUAACAACUCCUACAUCGAGCCUCCUUCGUACGCUGACGUCAUCUUUAGUCCUUUCGAUGAGAACUCAGUCAACGAAAUCAACGGUCUCGAAUCGACUUCUCAGAAUCCAGAAUCUUCGUUGACGCUCUCCAGAUCGCCAUCGUCCAGCUCAGAUUACAUCAAGAUUACGGUUUCCAACCCCAAGAAAGAGCAAGAAACCACUAAUUCAAUUGUGCCGGGAGGUAAUGCUUAUUACACUUACUUAAUUACGACGAGAACGAAUAUUCCUGAAUUUGGAGGAUCCGAAUUUAGUGUCAGGAGAAGGUUUAAAGAUGUAGUCACGUUAUCGGAUCGGUUAGCGGAAUCUUACCGUGGAUUUUUUAUUCCGCCGAGGCCGGAUAAAAAUGUGGUGGAAUCUCAGGUGAUGCAGAAGCAAGAAUUCGUGGAGCAAAGAAGGGUUGCAUUGGAGAAAUAUUUGAGGAGGCUGGCGGAGCAUCCUGUGAUAAGACUAAGUGAUGAAUUGAAGGUGUUUUUGAAGGUGGAAGGGAGGCUUCCGUUGGCGACGAGCACUGAUGUGGCUUCACGGAUGCUUGAUGGUGCCGUGAAGUUACCGAAGCAGUUGUUUGGGGAAAGUACUGCGGUGGUGGCGCCACAUGAGGUGGUGCAGCCUGCCAAAGGUGGUAUGGAUUUGUUGCGGUUGUUUAAGGAAUUGAAACAGUCUGUUGCAAAUGAUUGGGGUGGUUCAAAACCGCCCGUGGUAGAGGAGGAUAAGGUGUUUAUGGAGAAGAAAGAGUGGAUUCAUGAUCUUGAGCAGCAACUCAGCAAUGCUUCUCAGCAGGCUGAGGCACUUGUUAAAGCACAGCAAGAUAUGGGAGAGACAAUGGGAGAAUUAGGAUUGGCAUUUAUUAAGCUGACUAAGUUUGAGAAUGAGGAGGGUAGGUUCAAUUCGCAAAAAGUAAGGGCUGCUGACAUGAAGUGUUUGGCAACUGCUGCAGUCAAAGCUAGCAGAUUUUAUCGAGAAUUGAAUGCACAGACCGUCAAGCAUUUGGAUACACUUCAUGAAUAUCUUGGGCUUAUGUUAGCUGUGCACAGUGCAUUUUCGGAUCGAUCAAGUGCUUUAUUGACAGUGCAAACUCUCCUAUCAGAACUAUCUACGUUGCAUUCAAAGGCUGAAAAACUCGAAGCUGCGUCAUCAAAAAUAUUUGGUGGUGACAAAUCAAGGAUUCGCAAGAUAGAGGAGUUGAGAGAAAGUAUACGGGUUACUGAAAAUGCUAAAAAUGCUGCCAUAAGUGAAUAUGAGCGGAUCAAGGAAAACAACAAGUUUGAGCUUGAGAGGUUUGACAAAGAAAGACGCACUGACCUCUUCAACAUGUUGAAGGGCUUUGUUGUUAAUCAGGUGGGAUAUGCUGAGAAAAUUUCAAAUGUGUGGGCAAAGGUUGCAGAGGAGACCAGUGGAUAUGCAAAUGAUAGCUCUUAAAUGUUUGGAUGUAUAUUCACACCCUCAGCCUUCACUUUCACUUUUCUUUUAAUAUUUUUGAUAUUUUCCCUAUGUAGGAGAUAGUUUUACAUUCAUAAUAAUGAAGAAAAUGGAGCAGUUUGGUUAGUUUUUUAUUUUACUUCUUAAGAGUAUAAGUUUUCCCUUUCCCUUCCCCUUUACAAGUUGUAUCUCUGAGAAUGCUUGUUACACGACUGCCAAACUUGCAUUUGGUUUCUGUAAAUUGUUUAUUACUUGCUUGAUUUC